AUGUUUAAUGUUAGAGCGAAUGUGUUGAAGGCUAUCAAGUUCCCUGUAUUUCAAGGUUUACGAACAAAAUCUCCUACAUAUACAAAAUCUAGGUUUUGUAACCAUUUACGAUUAUUUCAAAGUUUAAGCAUUCAAAGGAAUAAGAAUUCAUCUUCCGCAGUAAAUGGCGAAGAACGGAGCAGUCCUGGUUUAGAAAAUCUCCUUGCUCAAUUACAGGAAGCGGUUGGUGAAACAACAAAGGAGAAGGAUAGUUUAGUAGCAGAGCCUCAAGAGGAGAAACCGGACGGAAAUUUUUUGGAGACGGUUUGGUCAAAUUCCUCAAAGUCAGUGGAGGAAGUCAUUAAUCGACCUUUUCAAGUAGACCCAGCUGUGCAGCAUUUAGUCAAUAUGAUUAUGAGGGACGGGAAAAAAACAAAGGCAGAGAAAAUUGUCGCUACUGCUUUAACCACUAUACAAAAAGAGAAAGGAAAAAACCCAGUGACUUUACUGAGGCAAGCUUUGGCUGAUAUCUCACCCAUUAUGAAAUUGAUUACUGCUAAACGAUUCAACAAGGGCGUCGAAUUUCCUAUACCCUUGAAAGAGAAGCAAAGGAGGAGGAUAGCCAUUAAAUGGCUUUUGGAUUCAUCCAAGUCCCAUAGUUCAAAACGACUUUCAGAAAGGCUUACGAAAGAAAUCCUCGCAAUUCUUGAUACCACCAGUUCCUGUUUCAAAAAGAGGGACCAUUUGCACAAGAUGUGUUUAGUCAACCGUGGUAAUGCUCCUAUUCGUGUAUAG